CAUGUCAUGGUAUUUAAUAAAUAUUUAGCAAAUUAAACAAUAUACAAAUAUAUACUCAAUUUGCAGCUUUUUAGGAAAUUGUACAGCAUGGAGUUAUUUCAGUCUGUGGACAAGCAAAUGCGUUUUACAAUAUUACUUGCACCGUUUCAACCGAUGGUAAGGAUUGAACUGGAAGCUUAUUUAAACACCACUGUGGAAUGUUACUUGGAUAUCAAGAAUCCUUCUGACAAGAUACUAAACGUGAUUAUAACAAAAGUACCAGAUGCAAAACGUCAGAUCACUUUGAAUACAGAUAAAUUAGAAAUUCCUGGCCAAAGCAGUAGUACGAUAUCUAUUAAAUGGUCUCCCAAAGAAGCAGGAUGCUGGCGAGACGUUUUACAACUCACUGACAAUAGACGAAUUAAAUAUGACAUUGCCAUAGCAACAACUGCUAAUAUAAACAAAGAAAGGGGGCAGAAAAAGCUGUCGAAGAAAGCAACAUCAAAGCUAACUGUUCCUUCUGUGCCGUUAACUGUAAACAACAGACUCUGCCAAGACAAUGUGUCAUUGAGUGUUCCGAGCAACAGCGGUCAAUCCUUGCUUAUCAGUGUCAAUAAACAAAUGAAAGGAGGCGAUCUAAGACGCCAGAACAAUUCGAACAAGGAAAACAUCCUGAGGAAGUAUCACGAAGUGAAGAUUUACACGCAAGACAAUAAUAGGAGCGCGAGACCCGGUCAUCAUGGCUAUCACGAAUCGACGAGUAUUUUAUCCGAGCAGCACUCAAACGUGUGGAGCGACGGCAGCGUGUUGCCUCAGACCCUUCUCCCUUCGAGUGCGCCGCAGGAGAUACGUAGGGCCACGUAUGUCAAGGAGAAGAAACACUACAACGGCACUACGACGAUAUACGAGUGCAGCGAGGAGGUAACCGAGGAUGUGGCGUGCGUCCGAGAUCGGACCGAGUCGAAUUUCUCCAUGCUGAUAAACGAGCUGAAAUUAACAACUACGGACGUAGUCACGGUUUCCCCAAAGCUUUUGAAAGAGUCGGCGGGAUUCACUGAACGUCGAAGGUGCUCGCUGAACGUCGAGGAUGCUCACGAAGGUGCUCACGAAGAGAGGAACAAGACCUUCAACGUUGAUCAUCGGCCUUUCGAGAUAUCCGCGAUUUCUAUCCCGGAGAUCGUCUUGUCACCAGUACCGCGGCCGCUGGAAUAUUGCGAGUUGUCCUUCAAACAUGACGUGAAUAGCUUGAUCGCGUCAUCGCCGAUUCUCCAGCGAGCACGCAACGAUGUGUCAAGGACUGAACGUUCCGAGUAUUUCGUAGACAGUAUAGAUUGCAGCGGUCGAGUCGAUCGCGAUUACUUCAACUGCGCGACCAUUCUCGAGAACGAUGAGAACGCUGAAGAAACGGGGGGAGAUGUGUACAUUGAGAUCUCCCCGCCGAGGAAAUACCACCCAAAGCUGUGCGCGUCUCCGUUCAAUACGUGGACUGGCAGGGUCACGAAGGAGAAGAAGCUGUGCAAUGGCAGAAGCGCGAAGGGGCACCAGAUGUUUGUACCUGUUGCAGCGAAAAAGAGUACGAAGAAGAAUGUGCCGGCCAUCAAGAUCACCAGGACGACUCUCUGCACCUUGCGUGAAAUGAAGAAAUGCACUCUCUCGACCAUCCGGGAAGCGAGACCACACACUGAGGAGAUCUCCAUCUAUGAAGUGUUCAGGCCGAGCCCCUUCACGUCGUCCAUGACGGAAAACCCUUUCCUCAAGAACAUGGCGAACGUUUUUACCGAGAAGUGGCUGUCUCGGCAGGAAUUGGUAUUCACACUGUGGCUGAAUACUGUGCUGUCCACGCCGAAGGACUUGCGUGUCAACAUCGACAACAUGAUCACAGACACCAUCGACAAGUGGCAAUCUCGGAAGAACGAAGGGAUAGACGUUAAUGCGCCAGCUGCAACCACAUCCACCAGUUAUCAAACUACUAGAAAGCUGGAUGCGUUGCGGAAGGAUGCGUACGCCAUGCUCCAUCGGGCCGAUAUCGCGGAAGUGAAGUCGCGCGUCGACAGGUGCGUCACCGAGGGGAUGCUGUACCUCAGAUCGGAUCGUGAUUUACAUCGGGAUCUCAGCCUGCAGAAGGACGUGCUGAACGUAUUCCUGUGCUACAACCCGCUGUGGCUGCGCAUCGGCUUGGAGGCCGUGUACAACGAGAACAUCCCCCUGCGCAACAACAACGACCUGUUUGGCCUGACUCGCUUCAUCACGGAACGCUUCUUCACGAACCCGCAGCUGACGAAAACCCCGGGCUACCACCGGGCCGACCCUAACAAGAAGUUCCUCAAGGCGCUCAACCAGUUCAUGCUGAAGAAGUUCCUCCUCCUGGUAUACUUCCUGGAUUACGCGAAGCAGCACAAACUGAUCGGCCACGACCCGUGCCUAUUCCGCAAGCAGGCCGCGUGGAAGACGAGCCGCGAGAUCCUGCUGCGAUUCUCGCGCGACAUUCUCGCCGGAGUCGGCGACGUGACGAAGGUCCUGCGCAGCUACGACUACGUGCUGGCGCACCGGCAGACUUACAUCGACGAGUACGAGUACGAGGUGACGGACAUACGGCAAGACCUGCGCGACGGUGUGCGGCUAUGUCGCCUCGUCGAGCUGAUCACCGGUGCGGACGGGCUCACCCGGCAGUGCAGAGCACCAGCGAUCUCGCGCCUGCAGAAGGUGCACAACGUGGAGGUGGCGUUGGACGCGCUGCACCGGGCCGACGGCGUCCUGGCGGACGACGUCGAGCCCAAGGACAUCGCCUACGGCGAUCGUACGAAGACCUUGUCGCUCCUGUGGCAGAUCGUCCACAAGAUCCAAGCGCCGCGGCUCGACCGGGCGGCCCGCGCGAUCCAGAGAUGGUGGCGGUCGCGAGUGUGGUACGUUCGCGUGAGGAACUACCUGCUGGUACGCCGGGAUCACGCGGCGACCGUGAUUCAACGCACUUGGAGGCUGCGGCACUGGAAGACGAAGGUCACCGAGGAACAUGCAAGCUUCCUGCGCGCCAAGGAGGCCGCGACGUGCCUGCAGCGAUGGUGGAGACGGGCGCGAGAAAGCGAACUCGUGAAGAAUCGGCGCGAGUCGGAGGACAAACGCCGGAGAGCGGUGUUGGCGUUGCAAAGGAAGUGGCGAGCCACGUUGCUGAUGAGAUCGCAAAGGGAACGCUAUCGGGACCUGAAGAAAGCCGCAUUGAUGAUCCAGACGCGCUGGAGAACGAAGCGAGCGGCGGAGCUGCGGCGCGCCGAGCUGCUCCGGGUACGCGAGUACGCUGUGGCGCGGAUACAGCGCUGGUGGCGAUCCAGCAGACUCACACGAGAGAGACGACAAUGGUUCCUCCGCUGCCGGAGAAACACGCUCCUUAUCCAGAAAACAUGGAGGGCGUACCAAGCGCGGGAACGGCGGAGGCGAGACGCCUGCCUGAGCAUACAGACGUGGUGGAGGGCGGCGUCGAGUUCGCGCAGGUAUCGGCUGCAGAGGGCCUCCUGCGUGAAGCUGCAACGAUGGUGGCGGGAACGGCAGUGGUUUCUGGUGCAGCGGCGAGCGGUGUCGCUGAUAGAAUCCUGGUACCUUCGCGUCAAGGCCGGCAAGGCCGCUCGGGAGGACUACCUGCGGACGAGACACGCGGCGAUGAGAGUGCAGACCUGGUGGCGCGCGGUAUUGCGAGCACGCGAAGAACGCAGAAGGUACCAGCAGCUUCGUCAGAGCGCCGUUGUCCUGCAGACUCGAUGGCGUCUACGCGCCGAGGCACGUAGGGAUCGCCAGAGGUUUCUGGAGAAGAGGGCGGCGUGUGUCGUCCUGCAAUCUUUCUGGCGAAUGGUUCAAGUUAGAAGGCGCUAUGAACGACUCAGAAGUUGCACGAUUAUCCUGCAGAAGAGGUGGCACGCGAUGUUGCGAGCACGUGAAGAACGCAGAAGGUACCAGCAGCUUCGUCAGAGCGCCGUUGUCCUGCAGACUCGAUGGCGUCUACGCGCCGAGGCACGUAGGGAUCGCCAGAGGUUUCUGGAGAAGAGGGCGGCGUGUGUCGUCCUGCAAUCUUUCUGGCGAAUGAUUCAAGUUAGAAGGUGCUAUGAACGACUUAGAAGUUGCACGAUUAUCUUGCAGAGGAGGCGGCGCGCGAUGUUGCGAGCGUGUGAAGAACGCAGAAGGUACCAACAGCUUCGCCGGAGUGCUGUUGUCCUUCAAACUCGAUGGCGUUUACGCGCCGAGGCACGUCGGGAUCGCCAGAGAUUUCUGGAGAAGAAGGCGGCAUGUGUCGUCCUGCAAUCCUUCUGCCGAAUGGUCCAAGUUAGGAGGUGCUAUGAACGACUCAGAAGUUGCACGAUUAUCCUGCAGAGGAGGUGGCGCGCGGUCUUGGCCGGUCGUCUCGCGAGGAGAAAGUUCGAGGUCACCUGGGCGCGCGUGGUCGUCGUGCAAACCCGGUGGAGAACCUUCGUGGCGAGGAAACGGUUCCUCCGUUACCGGCGGGCCGCGAUAGUUAUUCAAUCGUAUUACAGGAUGCGGCUCGCGGUCAGACGUUUCGACGACGUGAAGCGCGCCGCGCUGACGAUUCAGGCGUAUUGGCGUCGUUACAGGCGACAGAGGAUCAAGGCGGAGUCGCUGGCGCAACGGGAAGACCUCGCCUUGCUCAUAUUGGAUAUUCAGAAGGAGUGCGAAGGUAGUCGGGCGGAUCAAGAGGUGGCCGACAGCAGCCACGUACUCCCGAACAGCAAUUAUUGGCAACAGACGAUCGACAUUCUGCGUAAUUGCAAUAAUGUCGGGGCGUUGCUCACUUGCCUCAGCAGCCUAGAUACCAUAACGAAAUUGUCACCUACGAUUUGCGUGACCCUCUGCCAGCUGAAUCUGGUCGACGAAAUUUACAAGACGAUAAGUCAGCGCAACAGGUCGCAACCGUGGAUGAUCGUCUGCCAGCGGGCGUGCAGCAUCCUCAUCACCCUUGCGAAAUAUCCCUACACGAGGAAAUAUAUUGUCAAGCAAGAGUAUGCGUUGUUGUUAGUGAAGCUCCUGAGCGAUGCAUUGAAAGACAAGGAGGUAUUCUUACACUGUGCCACUCUAAUAUGGCGCCUUUGCCAAGACGAAGACUACUCGAAGGCUAUGAUGGCGCGUUUGGAUAUAAACUGGCUGCUGAAAAACAUUCAACAAAAAGUCUCGAAGGCUACGGCAAUAUCUAAACUUCAGAAAUCAAAGAAACUCGAGAAACUAUAUUCCAGCUGCGAGCCCGACAAAAGCAGCACGCUCCAGUUCACCAAUAUGAAUGCCGCCAUAUUAGCUAUUAUUAAUAGGACCAAUACAUGUUAUUAAUUUAUAAGGUUAGUGAAUAAUUUCCAUAAACGGUAAACGUUAGAAAAUGUUUGCCUCCCCCGAACUCUCACGCUUCCCAGAU